ACUAACUACAAAACAAAAAAACCUCACCACGAUUCCUAAAUAUGUAUUUGUUUGAACCAGAAGUGAAGUUGUUAUUGUCAGAUUCUUGAUCAGCUCAACUAUCCAACAAUUGAUAUAGGAGGACCAUGACGGAGCCGCUGUCUCUACAGCUCAUUGCUAGACUUGUCUGUGUUCAGAGUCUGCUCGAUCUGACAGAAGGAAAGGAUGUCACUAAUUUCCUGAAGACAGUGUGCCACAGUGCAGUCACAGAAGACAUACUUAGUCACAUGGUUAAGUUUUAUCCCAGGAAGCUGACCAAUGAGAUGCUAGCUGGUCUGGCAUCACCACAUGUACACCAUCUCAAGUUAGCAAACUGUACACAGAUCAAACCAUCAAAUUUCAUCAAGAUUUUUCCACACUGUAAGCAUCUGUGUGGCCUUGACCUUAAGCAGUGUAGUCAGCUGAUGCUGGGGGACUUCUUUGUGCUGAUUGAAAGGAUGGGGGUCAACCUGACCUCAAUAUCUGUAGAGGACUGUACAACAGUGGACGAUGUCAUUGUUCAUAGCAUUUUACAGAACCUGCACCACCUGAAGCACCUGAAUGUGUCUUCCUGUAAAAACAUCACAGAUAAGGCUUUCCUGUUAUCUAAGGACCAGUGUAAAAAAGGAAGUCUACUCAAGGAGAGCUAUACAAACAGCUAUUUAUGCUCACUGACCAGUAUAGAUAUAUCAGGGUGUCAUGGACUGACCAAUCUAGCCAUGCGUAACCUUAUGACCUUGACAGGUCCCACCCUUGAACACGUCUGCAUGUCAUGGACAAAUUUAACUUUAGAAUCUCUGUGGUGUCUUUCUGGGCUUCUUGUCUCUAAAAGUCUCCUUGGGUGUGAGACCAAAGAUGACAGUGAAGAGGAUGAAGAAAUCUUCGAUAACAACAUAAAGGGUGAAGAUGUAACAGAAACCAAAGAAUCUAGUUCCUCUGACAAUAACAAUGUCCAUAAACAUUGUGACACAGAUGUUCCCACAGUUGAAGGUGCUUCUUCAUGGCAGGUACUUCCUCAACAGAAUAUUGAGGUGACAGAAUGUAAUAACUGUGAUUUAAAAACUUCAGAAUCAGUUAUUCCCAAUGCUAGUUCUUCUGUCCAAAAUGACAAUAUGUCAAAUAUUGACUCUGAAAAAAAAAGAGCAGUGAAGAAAUUUUCAGAAGACAAAUGCAAUGGAAAUUUAGUUAAAAAUGUUGGUUCAGGUGCAGUUGGUGGAAUCACUGUACAGACUUCCCCAUUAUUAAGUCAAAAAGAAAGUGAUGAGAACUCUGUUGAGAAUAUUAGUGAAAUUAAAGAAGAUUUUUCUGCCCAAACCUCAGAAACUAGUCAGAAAUCUGAAUCAAAAGCUGGAAUUAAUUGCUUAAUGGAUGGAGGCAAAACAAUGCAAAAGAGGGAGACAGAUUUCAAGUCCAAUAGUGAUAUUUCUGAAUCUUGUGAGAGUUGCCAAACUACAAAAUUGAACAGUGAUUCGCUUUCUACUGUAAACAAACCUUUAUCUAAUGUGCCAAAUGCUGUCCCAGAAUCAGAUUUGCCUUGCUCUCUAAAGGAAGAGAGAACUGUUAACAUGGAGGGUAGAUGUCAAAAUGGCAGUGACUAUGAAAAAUCAGAAAAUCUGUUAAUAAAAUCAGGCAGUGAUCUUAAAAUUACUUCAAAAGUUUCUCAUCCAGGUGAACAUAAACAAUCAACAUGCAGCUCUCAGUCAGAAAUCCCGACAGAAAGUGUACAGUGUCAUAUCAGUGAACAGUCUUCCAUGGAUAAUUUCCAAACCCCAGGUGCUGAAAACUUAUUAGAUGAUAUUGAAGUCAAACACUCUUUACAGCAUUCAGAGGAGAAGCACAUUCAAAAAGAUUUUGCAGAAGUCGAUGGUAUAAGUCCACUCCACAGCUCAAAUGAGUGUGCCAAACCAAAUGAAAUUGGUGCUGACAAUGCUGAAAAGCCUUUGGAAGGUAGCAAUGAGAAACUUCCUGCAAGUUCUAAUGCAUUGGUUGAUCUGCAAGCACACCAGGGAUCCAUAGUCGAUUGUAACAGCCCCACUCACAAUCCUAUUUCUUCAUGUUCUUUGGGAAAUCUCACAAUGGAGGAUUCUAAUAAACCGCCAAAACACAGGCAGCCAAAUGUUGAUAACCAGUCCCUACCUCCCAAGAAGCAGCUUUAUAAACCAAAUAUCAAGUCGAUAGACUUAGAGGAAUUGCAUUAUCCUAACAACAAACAGCAGGCUUUGGAAGAGGCUUUUAGUACGUUUAUCACAACUAAUCCGGGUCUUCAAUCAUUGAAGUUGUCUUGGGUAAAGUUUCCAAACCGUCUCCUGAAACUAAUGGUAGAUACAUGUGUAGAGAUGAAAGACUUAACUCUGAUUGGCUGUAACUUGAUUGAUCCUGAGCACAUCCGGUACAUUGGAUCAAAGUGCACAUGCUUGAGAAGAAUUCAGCUGGAAGACUUAAGGAGAAUGACUGAUUGGGGCGUGGUACCUCUUCUAUCCAACACUGAGAUCGAAACACUGUCACUGGCCGAGUCUGAUAUACAUGACGUCACAGUAAUUAGAAUGGCAUCUAAAUUGUCUGAAAAUUUGAAGAAUUUAAACAUUUCCUACUGUUCAGAGCUGACCGAGCGUGGUAUUAACUCUCUCCUCCGGAAGCAAAGUUGUAUGGAAUCUUUCAGUGCUCGACAAGGUGCCUUAACGAAUCUGUCCUUAGGUCUUUUGAGUGACAACUUCCGGCAGUUGCGCAGUCUCAAUAUUGCUAGCAUUGAGGAUAUAACUGGGAGCGGCCUUGUAUGUUUAGCAAAGAAUCUACGUCAUCUAGAAUUCAUCGACCUAAGCUGGGCAGGGGGAUCCUACCUACAAGAUGAAGUCACAAAAGCGAUUCAAAACCACUGUCCAAGGAUUAACGAAAUGAUUUUGAAUGGCCAGGCUUUGAUGACAUCUAAACCCUUUCUUCCCAUUAUAUCGGAUUACAAUAAAUAGGGUCGGUGUAAGGCUUUAUUUUUCUUUAAAGCCAAAGAGAGAGCAGCUGAGGAAGUGUUGCAGAUUGACGAUGAAGGGGAAUCUAGUGAUGAUGAAUAUGAAGAAAUUCACUUCCCGCACCGUUCCACCACCUUUGCUACAAACCUUCAAUCUCUCUGCCUCGAGUAUUGUGACAGAGUUACUGAUACAGAUAUGGAAGACAUUGUCACGGUGUGUAGGGGGUCCAUAACUGUGAUAGAUUAUAAAAAUUGA